AUGGGCAACUCCACCUGUCCAUCCGCAUACGUACCAGUCGAUCCCGUACCCUUCUAUACCAAUGGCAACCUCAAUUUUAAAGCACAUGAUGUUGGCUGGAUUAUAUGCGGAUUCUUCACUCUGAUCGCCUCAGUCACAUCAUUUUGGCUUAUAUGGAAACAUUUAACAUACUACACGUGUCCACAACAACAAAGACAUAUCGUUCGAAUGUUAUUCAUGGUUCCAAUUUAUGCAAUCGUUAGCUUGCUAUCCUACAUCUUUUAUCAUCAAGCGAUUUAUUAUGAAACGAUUCGAGAUUGUUACGAAGCUGUGGUAAUUACGUCUUUCUUCUAUCUUUUGCUUCAGUACGUUGGUGAUACACCUGCCGAACAACAUGAAGUCUUUCGAAUGGUCAAGCUCAAAAAAUGGUUUUGGCCUUUGGGUUUUUGGAAGUAUAGGCCAGAUGGAUUACACUUUUUAUGGUUAAUGAAGAUCUGUAUUUUACAGUACGCCAUCAUUCAACCUAUCUGUACGUUGGCUGCUGUUGGAUUGCAGUACUUUGGCUUGUAUUGUUUGGAAUCUUGGGAACCAUAUUUCGGACAUAUUUACAUCACGCUCGCCAUCAGUAUCAGUGUUUCAGUCGCGAUGUACUGUCUCAUUCAAUUCUAUUUGCCCAUUCAGGGAGAACUCAAGCCUUACGCUCCCGUACUCAAAUUUCUGGCUGUCAAGAGUGUGGUCUUUCUGACUUUCUGGCAAGAUAGCUUUCUAUCGAUUUUGGUUUAUUUUGGUGCCAUUAAGCAAUCACAGUACAUGACUGCUGCUGACAUUCAAGUAGGCAUCAAUGCAUUAUUGGAAACGUUUGAGAUGUGCAUCUUUGCUUUUCUUCAUAUAAAAGCAUUUACCUAUGUCGUGUACCGUCCAAAAGAUCGAAAGCGAACAACACGAAAGUUUAAAGCUUUAUUGGACGUUUUCGAUUAUCGGGAUUGGUAUUAUCAAAUGCGUCAAACUUCACGGUAUAUGGCAGCAAAAUCAAAAGGUCGUGAUUAUUCGAUCGUGGAAGACAUUCGAAGGGAAAAAUAUACACAUCUGGAAAAAGCGCUUGGCCGUGAUCGAUUGCUGCGAGCCAGGAGAGGAUGA